CAUUUUUUUCCACCCAACAACAGUGGGCAUUGGGCAAAAUUAUGCAAUGCAGUGUUCCAUACAGCUGGUUGGUGGAAGAGCCAGCCAGAACACAGGUCUUCUGACUCCCAGGCUUGAGCUCUUUUGCCUCCUUCUGAACCUCUGUGUGUCUGCCUGUAAAACAGCAGUUCUCAUCCUGUCCCCUGGCCCUACCUCUCAACAAUGGUGUUGCACCCUGUAGGUGCUCUGUGCACAAACAGCCUACUGGUGCAGAAGAUCCUAGGAAGCCCCAGGAGCCACUCAGGAAAGGAAAGUUGCUUUCCAAAUAUAAGAUAUUAAUAAGGCAGCGGAAAGAAGAAAUAUGAAUACGGCUCCAGCAAGACCCAGCCCAGCACGAAGGGAUCCAUAUGGUUUUGGAGAUGGUCGGGAUGCAAGACGGGAUCGGUCCCCAGUUCGAGGCAGCCCAAGGAGAGAACCCAGGGAUGGCAGGAAUGGCCGAGAUGCCCGAGACUCCAGAGACAUGCGGGACCCCAGGGAUGCCAGAGACAUGCGGGACCCCAGGGAUUCUAGAGACAUGCGGGACCCCAGGGAUUCUAGAGACAUGUGGGACCCCAGGGAUUCUAGAGACAUGCGGGACCCCAGAGACAUGAGGGACCCAAGAGAUCCCAGAGACAUGCGGGACCUCAGAGAUAUGAGGGAUCCCAGAGAUGCCAGAGACAUGCGGGAUCCUCGGGAUAUAAGAGAUCUCAGGGACCUUGGAGAUCCUCGAGAGCUGAGAGAUCCCAGGGAAAUGAGAGAUCUGCGUAAUAUUCGGGAUGCCCCACGAGACCCUAUGUAUGACAGAUACCAAGAUGUGAGGGAUUCACGAGAUCCUGUCUAUAAUAGGAGAGAAGAAUCAUAUGACCGUUAUCUGCGCGUGGAAGAGUAUUACAGAAGGAAGGAUGACACUUAUUUUGAUCGUUACAGAGACCACUUUGAUGGACGAGCUCCCCCAGGCCCAGAAAGUCAGUCCCGUGCUAAAGAGCGUCUGAAGCGUGAAGAGCGUCGUAGAGAAGAGCUGUAUCGUCAAUAUUUUGAGGAAAUUCAAAGACGCUUUGAUGCUGAAAGGCCUGUAGAUUGCUCUGUGAUCGUGGUCAACAAGCAGACAAAAGACUAUGCUGAGUCCGUGGGGAGGAAAGUUCGAGACCUAGGCAUGGUGGUAGACCUAAUUUUCCUCAACACAGAGAUGUCACUGUCACAGGCCCUGGAAGAUGUUGGCAGGGGGGGAUCUCCUUUUGCCAUUGUCAUCACCCAGCAGCAGCACCAAGUUCAUCGCUCCUGUACAGUCAAUAUCAUGUUUGGUACUCCACAAGAGCAUCGUAACAUGCCCCAGGCAGAUGCCAUGGUGCUGGUAGCAAGGAACUAUGAACGCUACAAGACUGAAUCUCGGGAGAAGGAAAGAGAAGAAAUCGCCAGGCAGGCAGCCAAGAUGGCAGAUGAGGCCAUUAUGCAGGAAAGGGAGCGAGCAGCAGCAGCUCCCAUGGAGGAGGGGGUACGAGGAGGCCACCCACCUGCCAUCCAGAGCCUCCUCAAUUUACUAGCUGAUAACAGGUACCUCACUGCUGAAGAAACAGAUAAGAUCAUUAACUAUUUACGUGAGCGGAAGGAAAGGCUUAUAAGGAGCAGCACGGACCUUCUGCCAGCUACUAUUUCCGGCCAACCCCUUGGGGCAACUUCGGGCACUUCACUGAAAUCCCAGUCCAGCCUGCCUAGCCCCCAGCCUCUUCAGAGCAGUCAGGCACUCCCUCCGGCUACACCAGCUCCAGCAUCAGCCCCCACCCCACAGCAGGAGCUUCAGGCCAAAAUCCUCAGCCUCUUUAAUAGCGGUGCUGCCACUGCUGCUGCAGCAGCUGUUGUGGCCAACAGCAGUCCUACCCCUGCCACAGCUCCCCCAGCAGGCACACAGAACCAGAAUUUUGCCACCAUGGCUAACAACCAGUCUCAGCAGAGAUCACAGGCUUCAGGCAACCAGCCUCCAAGUAUCUUGGGACAGGGAGGCUCUGCCUGCAACAUAGGCCCCAGGCCCGGGGCUCCACCUCAAGGGCUCUUCAGCCAGUCCUCCAGUCGCCUGGCACCUGCAAGCAAUGUUGCUGGCCAAAGGCCAGUGUCCUCCACAUAUAUCAACUUUGAUAAUCCAAGUGUACAGAAAGCCCUGGACACCUUGAUCCAGAGUGGCCCUGCCCUCUCUCACCUGGUGAGUCAAACCACAGCACAGGUGGGACGGUCCCAAGCACCCCUGGGAUCCUACCAGAGGCAUUACUGAUGCUAAUCUAUCAAUCCUAUCCUCCCUUCAUCCCCACUCCUCCCUCUUCCACCCAUUUACCACAUUUUUAGAGUUUUUCCAAGGUGCUCCGUCCACCUGACACAUCCAUAUUGAGUGUCAUGAGCCUGUAUCACCACCUUUCCUUCCCACACCCAGCUUUGUUGCUGAUCUCCCUCUAUGGGCAGAGUCUGAUAGGCUCCAAGAUUUAUGGAGCAGAAGUGUUGGUGUCUGAGCUGAGUUGGCAAUCAGGCGUUUCUUGGGCUUAGGGAAUGAAGAAGCUGAGGCAUGGAUUUGGCCCUUCCUUGGGGCAGCUGAGAUAAGUUCCUGCCCCACUUGGUUUGGAAUGUCAUUUGUUUAUCGUGGUCCAGAGCCACUGCCUCUGCUCAUUCAAACAACCACCAGCCUCCUUAGGAGGAGGCAGGAUUGAAAGGAAAGCUUGCCAAUUUAACACAGCACAAACCUAUAUUCUGCAAAACCUAUUCAGGAGGGAAUCAAAAAAACAAUUGGCAAACUGGUUUGAAUAAACACAGUAUCACCAAAGUUGCCUCCUUCUAGAAAAAGAGGCAAAAGCUAGGAGAAAGGCCAAUUUGUGGUUUAAUAAAAUCUUCCCCCAGGGUUUGGAGAAGGAAUUGGCCAUAGUGUAGCCAUGAAAGCUUGUUAGCCAGGCCAUUUCAGCCUGUUCAGGGUUUUUGCAUUUAACUUAGCCAUCCCUACAGACCAAAUAGUUCCACUCACUAACAAUUUAGCUCAGAUUGUAUGCCCAUCCCCAAGUCCUCCUCCUGUAACUGGCCUAGUAGCUCUCCCAUGGAUAGUUAUCAGGUGGAGGAUGGUAAGGAGCCUAUAACAUAAGCAAAUGCAACUCUAGAACCUGGCCUAGAAUUCCAUUUUGUCAGAUUUUUUUUUUGAGCAAUUAGCUUGGAGAAACAGACUGUUCAUCUCAACCCGCUUGUUUGGUUUUUUGAGGAGAGGAGUUGUGGGCAAGGGAUAAUUUGAGGGCAGAUGUUCUAGCAGUUGCAGUGCAUCUUGGUAUGGACACCCAACCUUCCAUUCCCAAGUUUUGAGACUGAAUGAAAUUGUUGGUAGGUGAGCAUCUGGCUUCUGCCCUCUGUGGGCACCAAAGGAAGCUGCUCUUUCCUUGGGGACAUGCUUAUUCCACCCCUGUGAGCCAAAGCCUCUGGGGGCUUGGGAGGGGCUGGGAGGUUGGGCCUCUAAGUGUACCAGAGCCUGCAGCUGUUUGAACAUGGUUUAGAAAACUCAAGGUCCCUUAGAUGGCAGCUUUUUAUGUUCCAACCUGUUUGUGUUACAUAGUGUGUUUUUUUUCUCUUUGAAACUCUUGUGUUGUUAAUAAGAUAAGAAUAUUACUUUUUAAUUAAAGAAGAAAAAUGCGAAAACUGUGUCUGUCCUAUUGGAUGGUUUUCAGUCUGAAUAUCUGAAAUGGACCUCUCUGGGACAUCCCACCAUGGAAUCAAAUAAUAGUAUCACUGAUUAAAUGGCUUCAAGUGUUGCAUUUCAUAGUAUCCUUACCCUAAAUACCACCUUUCAGCUGCUCAACCAAUCUGCCCAUCCAUCCAAGGUCAGCUGUUGUCUUUGGCAGAGGACUACAUCAGAAAUUUUUUUAACUUCUUCUGGCGCAGCUCACCUAGUGAUAAACUCUCAAUAACUACCUGUAGUAAAUUCCUUGUUAGAUAAUUAUAUUUUAUACUUAAAACAUUUGUUUCAACUAUAGUUUCUCCCAAGUGAUUCCAUAUAGACUCUACUUGUGUUCUUUUGUAUUAGGAAAAGAAUUUUGGACUUUGUGAUUCCCUGUUUUUUGUAAUGAUUAAGGGAAGGAGUUUCCAGUGCCCAAUUCCUCACCUGCCUGAACAACUUCACCAUUUCAUCCUGACCACUCAAAAGGCAGUUAAUAGAAUCUUGAGCUGAAAUGUGCUUUAGAGGUGAUGUUGUUCAGCCCCUUCGUCUCAUGAAGGAGGAAACUGAGGCUCAUAUGGGGAAGGGACUUGCUUAGUUCUGCACAACUAGUUUAGAGCCAAAAUUCCAACCCAGAUCUCCCAACUUCCAGUCAAGUGCUCUUUCCACUAUAUCACAUUCAUUUCUUUGCUGCUUUUGUUCUUUGUGCAAAUGGGAUGUAAACUGGCAAGAUAGUAGAGUAUCCAGAAAAGAAAGACAGCCCAGCUCUGGGAAGGGGAAUUGGGCCUAGACCUUUCAGAUCCUGUGAAGCCAUGUCAGUAUGAAAGUCUUUGCCCUUAAAAAAAAAAACAGUGUUUCCCUGAAUACCUCUGCCUUGUUCCCUUUUCUUUCCAACAUCAACUUGAGACACCACAGGGCGUGAAGGGUGUAAUAAAAUUGUUUUUAUUGCA